AGUAUUGACGUGGACGAGCCAGGUAUAGUCCAUGUGUUCCUGAUACUAUUGCCUUCCUCAAGCUACUACUCCACACACACUCAUUGGAAGAGUCAAGUUGAGACUGGCAGGCUAGUUGAAAUGGCGUUCAAUCCUCGUCCUCCACUCAUGCCGGGCGUACCAUUAUCAACCAUGAUGGGGGCACCUUUCACUCUAGCAAGAGGACCACUUACCAUUGAUCUGCGUCAAAUAUCGCCUAUUGCCAAUAUUGUGCAAGCAGUUGGCAUCCCUAUAUCACAGUUAUACUUGCAGGCAAUCUCCCAAAUUCCAACCCCUGUAUCAAGCCGGCCACCUGUCCGUACUAUCACCACAGACUCCUCCAACAAAAAUACACAGGGCCCUUCCAACAAUCAUGGUAUGAAACCUCCAAGCUAUUCCAAACGAUUAGAAUCAUCAGGUCCGGCGGUGACUGUGUUUGUUGGCAACAUUACCGAGAAGGCGCCUGAUGUGAUGGUUCGACAUAUUCUCAACACUUGUGGCAAUGUGCACAGUUGGAAGAGAGUUCAGGGAGCUUCUGGCAAAUUGCAAGCAUUUGGGUUUUGUGAGUUUGGGAACCCAGAUGCAGCCCUGCGAGCCAUUAGACUGCUUCAUGACUAUGAGAUUGCUGAAAAGAAAUUGGUUGUCAAAGCUGAUGCAAAAACCAAAGAAGUUUUAGAUGAUUAUAAAGAGAAGCGAAAGAAAUCCAAACAAAAUGGUGAUUCUUCACCUUUACAAGAUGAGUUAGAUGAAGGUGAUGAUUACAUGGAUGAGGAUAUGCGAUUAGAAGAUGCAGCAGCAGUGAGGCGUAUUAACGAAAUCCUCUCCGAUCACAAGAAAGACAUCAUGAACUACGUCCCACCUCCUAACAAACAUGACAUGAGAGAAAAACGCAUGUCUAAAGUUCAAGAAAAACUAGUUGCACUAUCAAGUGGGGCUGAUAUUGCCAACAUCCCUACCACAACAAUGUCCAUUUUGCAGAAUCUGGAUGACAUGGAAGAUGUGGAAGAGGGUAAAAAAGAGCUGAUUACACGAGAGAUUACGCAGUUCCGGGAACAGAUGAAGAAACAGGAAGAAGAGAAGGAGAGGGAGAGAAGGCUAAGAGAGAAGGACAGAGAGCGGGACCGAGACCGAGAUAGAGAGCGAGAACGGGAGAGAGAGCGGGAAAGAGACAGGGAGAGGGAACGAGAGAGGGAGAGGGAACGUGAACGAGAGAGAGAAAGGGAAAGAGAACGUGAACGGGAGAGAGAAAGAAGAGAGAGAGAGGAGAAGCUAAGGCGGCGAUCACGCUCUGGGUCUCGUGGUGGCAGCAUAAGAAGAUCCCGAUCCCAAUCGGUUGAUAAUCGUAGAUUAAAGAAAGAGAAGAGAUAUUCCAGAUCUAGAUCACCUUCACCCAUACGUAAAAGUGAGAGAGAUGUGUUACGAGAGAAAGAGGAAGAAGCUGAAGACAAAGAACGGAAGGAACAAGAGAGAAAAGUUCGAAAAAAGGAAUUGCAAUAUCAGAGUGGAAUGCUGUGGAAACUCGACCAUUGCCUGUACUUUGGACAUUCCCAUGGACUGUUACAAGCAACACGCAUCAACUCCAGUUGGAUGGAGAGGUUAAAAAACUGGGAGACCCGCGAGCACAAGAAACAGAAAGAAUUGGACCGAGAGAAGGAGAAAGACAGGCAGAAGGAACAGGAGAGAGAGAAGGAAGCCAAAAGAUUGAAGGAGUUCUUAGAAGACUACGAUGAUGAGAGAGAUGAUCCAAAGUACUACAAGGGACAUGCAUUCCAAAGAAGAUUAGUGGAGCGAGAACAGGAGAAGGAGAUGGAUACACGAGAUCGAGUUAAGGAGAAGGAGGAACUAGAGGAACUGAGAACAAAGAUACUAGCUGAAGGGCAUGAUAACCCUGAUGCUGCCUUCGAGAAGGCUUGUGCAGAGAGAGAGGAGCAGUACAAGCCCAAGCUGUUGGUUAAGCCUGCAGAACGUAAGAUUCCACCUCCUGCUCCUGUACCGGCAGAGCCUCCGCCUGAACUUCCACAGAUCCCUGAGCAGCCGCCACUUCCUCUGACUGUAGCAGAAUCAGACUCUGACUCAGAUGGCCAUAUGUCUGAUGCUCCUCCAGAACCUAUGCCAGAUAUAGAGGAGGAAAACUCUCAGUCCAGAGAUGCAUUCAUGUCAUCUGUGGAUACUACACCUCAACCACCAAAGAGAAAAAAAUAUGACGUAAAAGAUGUUUUUAAUCAAGAUGAUGAUGACCUACCAUCAAAAAAGAAGAAACUUCCUUUGCCAGAACGGACUCUGAGUGCGAAGGAAGAUCCUUUGCAAAAAUUGCUUAGAAAUUCAAUAGAACCAGGGAAAGAUAAGGGCAACAAAGAGAAGGGCGGUGGAGAAGAGAAACGUAAACAUAUCAAGAGCAUGAUCGACAAGAUCCCUACUAGUAAAGAGGAACUUUUUGCAUACCCAAUCGACUCGUCCCUUGUUGACAAUGUUCUUAUGGAGAAGAGAAUCCGGCCAUGGAUAAACAAGAAGAUCAUUGAAUAUAUUGGAGAACCAGAGCCUACUUUGGUAGAUUUCAUUUGCUCAAAGGUUCUUGUUGGGUCGGAACCACAGUCUCUACUAAAUGAUGUACAGAUGGUUCUUGAUGAUGAAGCAGAAGUUUUUGUUGUCAAGAUGUGGCGGUUAUUAAUCUAUGAGAUAGAAGCAAAGAAAUUGGGAGCUGGGAAGACCUAAUGUGACAUUGCUGGCCAAUGUUAACAAGGAAGUGCCAGCAUCACAAUUAUUCUUGGCUGAAAGAUUAAAGUGAGAAUUUUAUUUUAACAUUCAGGGUACUCUGUUCUUGUAAAUAAUAAUUGUUAUAUAUAAUUACAAAAUAUUUGACGACCCACUUUGCUUAUGUUGCUAAAAAAAAGUUUCUUGCAGAGCAAAGCACAAAACUGUUCAAUAAAGUUACUUAGGGUUAAAUGAAGUUUAAAGAAGUUGAGUGAAAGUUGUUGAAAGUUUUUAGUACUGUAUAAGGAAAAUUCCUUUCAGUUGUUUUGUGCAAAGACUUUCAUUUAUAAUUAACCCUUUUGCUGGUCAAUGACGCUCUUUGUGUCACUACACGGACCAUUAGACGUGAGAAGUCUCCCAAGACCCUGAGCACUCACACUGGCGCAUAAGAUAUCUUCACACUCAUUUUCAGUCAUCCCAUAUCAUUUGUACAACUAUUUUGUUCUUUUAUCACUUAGUCAUAUUGUUUAUCUUUAUAACUCAAUAAAAAAAAUAAAUAAAAAGUUUGCAUAAUUUUACCCCUGAAUGGUAAAUGAAAAAAUUAAUUUAAAAGAAAAAUUAUGCAUUUUAGGUGAUGCAGUUUGCCUCAUCGGCCUGCUUACGGGUGAGAAUUGGAGCAGAUGGUCAGCCGGCGAAAGGGUUAAAUUAAAGCAAUAUCAAAGAAAAUAUCUGAGACUUAAGGUUCAAACUUCAUUUUAUACCAUAUAACUUCAAGGCAAGUUGAAUAUUGGUGGAAGGGUUGAGAGAAUUUGUUUUUCAACUUUUGUAAACCAGAAUUGUCUUAUGUUUUUAUUCAAAGUAUACAAUAAAAUACUUUUGAGCAUUGUGGUAGUUUUGGGUUUUUAGGUUUGACACUGAAUAUUGACAUUAAUGUAAUGUGAAAUUGUCUACUACAACUUUAGCAAUUAAUAAAAUUGCCUAUACAACCAAUUUAACUUGGACUUAUGCAGUGUAACUUUCUUUCAAAAACCUUAAAUAAUUUCCUUACACUAAACUUCAGUGUAGUAUAUCAGUUAGGAACCUAAUAUUUUGUGUAAAUGUAGCCUAAUGUUACAGAAAGACGUGAUAUGAUCAUGAGAAUUAUCAGGUAUCACAUGAUUUAUCACAUGACCCGUUAGUGGCGUUUACUGGUUUUCAUUGUCAUGCCCUGGCACUCACUGUGUUUGUGUGACUGAGUGAAAACCGCUAAAGGCUACUGAUGGAUAACACAAAGCACAACCCACAAACACAAUCCACAAACAAUAAGCGCCACGGCGUGACUUAAGGAAAACUGUUAAACAUCACUGACAGGUCAUGUGAUGCCCAAUAACUCUCGGUGUCAUUCCAUGUCUUUCUGUAACAUUAGGCUACAUUUACACAACAUAUAAGGUUCCUAACUGAUAUUGUUUUUAGUGUAUGGAAAUUAUUUAGGGUUCUCAAAUGAAAAAACAAAAACACUGUAUAUCUAUGAUAUUUAUAUCUUUUAGCCAUUCCAUGAUGAAUGGUAAGAAAACAAUAGUGUAUGGGGCUGAAGAAUAGAUAUUGCUAAGAAUGACAAGAUCAUUGAAUUAUACAGUAUUUUGAAUCUAGAGGAAACUUAAAAUAUCAGUUCAUCUCGUGGAGUAUGUGUAAGUCUCAGUUGAAAAAUAUCUUGUAAAGAGAAGGACAGAGCCCUUCAGUUGGAAGUGAUCUUGUUACAUAUUGACACCUGCACGUAUACUAAUAUGUAACAAAGUGUUGUCCACAGUUUUGUGGAAGUUGAGGUAAGCCACAACAAUCAGAGAGCGUGUGUGAAUAGUACCUGCUUUCCACUCAUCAUUUUAUUUAUUCAUACUUUGUUUUUAUUAUUAUUAUUAUUAUUAUUAUCUUUUUCUCCUUAGGUUAGUGAGGAUUUUGUAAUUUAAUAUUUUUGAAUGCCAUCACUUAUAAUAAGAGAGCCAUUCAUUUAUAUGUUUAAAAUUGGCAACAUCAGGUUAAUUACUUAAAUGUGCUGCAGUAAAUUGGAAUAUAUUAUGGAAAUAUACCCAGUUAAUUGGCUUAUACAUAAUGGUCUUUAAUUACACAUGAUGCCAAUUUUGUAAACGGAUCACCCAUGGUGCAAACUUGUGAAAAUCCAGGUCUGUAUGUUUAGUGUAUGGUGUGUGGACCCACCCUGUGAUUGUAAAUAAAUAAAGAUUUACAAUUUUU